AUGAUAUGCAAUUAGUCUUGUUUGACUUGUGAUUCUAACAAUUCUAAUAAAUGUUUAACUUGUGAUUCAGCUAUAAAUAGAAAAUUAGAAGGAUCUUAAUGUGUAUGUGAUAUAGGAUAUGAAGAAAAUUUAAAUAAUUUAGAAUGUCUUCCAAUUUGUGGAGAUGGGAUAGUAGUAGAAAGUGAAUAUUGUGAUGAUUUUAAUAAUGAUCCUUAUGAUGGUUGCAAUUAAUGUUAAUUAGGUUGUUAAGAUAGUUGUUAGGAUUGUAUAAAUGGAUUUUGUAAUUAAUGCAAAGAAAAUUAUAUAUUAGAGGUAAGUUUAAAUUAAUGUAUAAUCAAUUGUAUAGAUUAUUUAUGUUCAAAUGAUUCUUGUAUUGAUCAUUGUGUGUAAUGUGAAUUUGGAAAUUGUAUAAAAUGUGAUGAAUUAAAUGGAUGGUAUUUAAAUGGUAUAAAAUGUGAAUCAAAAUGUGGAGACGGAAUUGUUGUUAAAGAAUUUGAAGAAUGUGAUGAUUAAAAUUUAAAUCCAUUUGAUUUUUGUAAUUAAUGCCAAUAAAGUUGCUAAGAAUAUUGUUUAUUUUGUUUAAAAGGAUAAUGUAAUUAAUGUAUAUCUGGAUUUAAAUUAAUUUCUAAAAUAAUUUAUAGUUAAAUGUAAUGUAUACCUAUUUGUAAUUAUAAUAACAUUAUAUAAAUUGGAGAAUGUUUUGAUAAUGAAACAAAUAUGAUAAUUUAAUUAAAAUUAAAUUGCAAUAUAAAUUGUUUGAUAUGUACAUUUGAUGUUUGUAGUUAAUGUGAAGUUGGAUAUAAAAUGAUUGAUAAUUAAUGUGAAGAAAUAAGUUGUGAUGCAUUAACAAAUUAAGAGUAAGAAUAUUAUAAUAGCUAUUAAUACAUAUAGUAGAUUAAUUAAAAAUGUUAUUAUUAUAACUUAAAAUGUGAUAUAGGUUGUCUAUCAUGUUAAGAAGGACACUGUUAUUUUUGUGAUAUAGGAUUUAAAUUAGAGAACUUUUAAUGUAAAGAAAUUUGUGGAGAUUCAAUUAUAAUAGGUACUGAAUAAUGUGAUGAUAAUAACAAUAUUUAAUUUGAUGGAUGUUAUAAUUGUUUAUAUUAAUGUUAAUAGGAAUGUAUUAAUUGUCAAUUCGGUAAAUGUUUAGAAUGUUAAAAUGGAUAUGAAUUAAUUGAAUUUGUUUGUUAUGAAUAAUGUGGAAAUGCAAAUAAAACAUCUAAUGAAUUAUGUGAUGAUGGAAAUAUAGAACCAUUUGAUGGAUGUUUUAAUUGUUAGUAUUCUUGUGAUGAAUAAUGUGAAAUAUGUAAUUAAGGUUUUUGUUUAAAAUGUAUAAAUUAAGGAUGGGAAUUACACUUAGUAAAUAAUUAAUGUGUGACUAUAUGUGGUGAUUAAAUUAUUGUUGGUUCAGAAUAAUGUGAUGAUGGUAAUAUCCUUAAUUAUGAUGGAUGUUAUGAAUGUUAAUAUGAAUGCUAAAAGGAAUGUAUUAAUUGUAUUGAAGGAAUAUGUUAUUAAUGCAUUUCUGACUUGAUAUUAAAUAAUAAUUAAUGUGAAUAUGAUUCAUCUUAAUAUUUCCCUGAAAUUGAAGAUAAUAUAUGUGGAGAUGGAAUAUUAAAUCUAUAAAUAGAAGAAUGUGAUGAUGGAAAUAAUUCAAUAAGAGAUGGAUGCUAUUAAUGUUUUUUAGAAUAAGGAUUUCUCUGUUAUUAUGAUGAAAUUUUAUAAUUUUAAGGAUGUGCUAGAUGUUAAGAUCUUAAUUGCUUUUCAUGUGAAAUAUAAAAUUAAUCUUAAAUUUGUUUACAAUGUGCAACUGGUUAUUUUACAGAUUAAUUCUAUGAAUGCUCUUUAUGUGAUUAAACUUGUUUAGAAUGUAGUCAAAAUUAUAAGAAUUGUACUGUUUUUAAUUAUUCUUAUUCAAAUUAAUUAAAUUAAACUAAUUGUAAUCAUGGAAUCUCUUAUGAUUUUAAUAACUAUUAUGAAUGUAUUUCAAAAUGUGGUGAUGGUCAUUUAGACAUUCAUGAAGAAUGUGAUGAUAACAAUUUAAAAAAUUUAGAUGGAUGUAAUGAAUUUUGUCAAUUAGAAAAAGGAUAUUUAUAUAAUAUUCAUAAUCAUUCUCUAUUAAAAGAACCCGACAUUUAAGUGGAAAAAAAAUAAUCUAAUAAUAAUUUAUUUUCACUUCUAAUCUAUUAAGAAUAAGAAUUAUUAAAUCUAACAAGUUUAAUAAUUACUAUUUAAGAUUUUUCAAUUUUAGACUUUAAUUAUACUUUCAUAGAAAACAAAGAUAAACUUGAUAUAUAAUUUACAUUUUUAAAAACCAUAGAACCUUUUAAUUUAAUCCAUCUUUCCAUUUCUUAUUUAAAAUAAUUUAAAAAAAGAGAACUAGAAGAAACUUUAAUUAAAGAAAUAAUUAUUGUACCUUAAAGAUAAGUUUUAGUAAGUGAAGAAUAAAAAAAUUAAGGAGAAAUGAUGGCUUCAACUUAUUAAACUAUAUUUUCUGCUUAGAUAUAUUUAGCACCAUUAGCUAUAAUUUUUGGAGGAUUUUAAUUAUUUUUGGCAAUUCUAGAUAUUAUGAGCUGGAUGAAUAACUUUUAUUUUUUAAAUGUCAAUUAUCCAGAGAAUGUUAGAAUUAUAUUUUAAUAAGCUGAAUGGGGCAAUAUUAUUAAUUUUCCAACUUUGCAACUUUUUAAUAAACCAAAUGAUGAUUAUUAUUUUUUUGCUCCACUUAAAUUUUAAGAGAAAGAAAUAGAUCCUUUAUUAUUUAACAAUAUACAAACCCCAUUAAUUUUUGCAUCAUAAGUUUUAAUUACAUUCAUUUUUAGUGUAAUUUUUAUAAAGUUAGUAGAGUUUAUAUUCAAAAAAAAUAAAAAAACUACUCCUUAAUUUGUAAUCUUUUCAUUAGGUGAGGAAAAAAAAAACAUAGAAAUAUAAAAUGCUUAAAAAUAACAUACUUAAUAAGAGAUAUAAAUUCCAAAAUUUCUUUAAUCAUUUACAAGAAAAUGUUAUUUUUUGAAGAAUAAUUUUAUAGCUAACUUAAUAAAAUCAUUUUAAUUAAGUCAUUUAGACAUAACUUUAGCAGUAAUGCUCUAAAUUACUAAUUAAUAAACUGCUAAUAAUUCUAUAGUAAAAAUGAAUAUCAUAGCCGCAUAUGGGUUUCUUAUUUUAAUUUUAUAUAUAAUUUUCAUCUCGUAUAAUAUAUCUCUAGCACAUUAAGUAAAAUUAGAGAAUUAAUUAUUUUGUUGUAGAUAUGGUUGUUUUUAUGAAGAUAUGAAAACUGAAUAAUCGAUGGCUAUGGCAUACUCAUUUAUAAAUUUAAUAAGAAAAACUGUUUUUAUAAUUUCUACUGUUACUUUAUAUUUUUAACCUAUCUUUUAAACAUAACUAUGCUUUUUUUCAUGUCUAUUAAAUAUCUUGUUAUUAUUACAAAUUAAUCCAUAUAAAAGUAAAAAGCAAUAUAUCUUAAAUUUUGUCCCAGAUUUUUGUGUUUUGAUUAUUGUUGGUUGUACAAUUAUUUUUGCAUUUUAAGACAGAUACAGAAUAUUGAAGGAUGAAACAAUAUAUUAGAUUGGAUGGAUUGUUGGAAUAAAUAUUUAUUUGUCUAUCAGCUUGUAACUUAUCUUUUUAUUACAAGAAGUUUUAUCUUCAUUUUGGGAAAAACUAAAAUCUUUAAUUGAAUAUUUGAAGGGCAAGUGCAUAAAUAAUUAAUGA